AUGGCCUCAGCUGCAAAAUCAGUUAAACUUUCGGAUACUAAAGAGUCGAAAGACGAACCGUCAAACAUGUUUAGUGCACCAAGCGCCACCAGCGAUGUCGUCCUACUGGUGGAGUACAAGCCAAUACAUGUCAACAAAGCAAUUCUGUCCUUGGCUUCACCUGUAUCCGCCGCCAUGUUUGAAGACAACUUCAAGGAGAAACACGCAGCAGAGAUCCCACUUCCGGACAAGAAGUAUAAAGAUUUCAUUGAGUUCCUUCUCUGCUUAUAUCCAAACACAGCUAAACCUGUCGACCAAUAUAAUAUCAACAUUGUGCUGCCCUUGGCAGACGAGUACCAAGUGGAGAAUCUAAAGAGGAGAUCAGAGGCUAUGAUCUUAGUUUUAUUUAAAAUAAAACGUAAACACAUUUCUACAAGCGAACUGGUGAACUUCCUGUUCCUGUCGGACAAAUAUGCUUUCAAACAUGCACUAUCAGAAGUCAUCAACCUAGCAGGAGAGCGCUGUCCUACCGACCUAUUUCAGAUAGCAGACUUCGACAGAGUUAGCUCAGAUAUCAAAUUCAGUAUACUAAAACGUUAUCUCACUAGUUUUGUAGACCCAGCUAAAAGAAUAUUACGUGAAGUGCAGAGUGUAUGUGAUUGUGCAGAAGGAGCCCUCCUAGGAACAAUCAAACGCCGGGAAGCCUGUAUUCAUACUCGUAGAAGAUGCCAACAUUGCGAACAGUGUGAUUUAUGUCUGUCACACGUAGAAAGGUCUUUGAAACCAGUGCUGGAGUUCUAUAAAUGUAGUAAAAGUAAUUUGGCUGAAUUACUUAAGUAA